AUGUCUACAGUCCUAAACUUCCUGGAAAGAGCGCAUCAAAUUUACAACACUUGGACUUUGAAGAGACGAAAUUUGCUUGUAGGAAGACGAACAGGCUUGCAGGGCGAAGCACCGUUCCCCACCGCAAAAGGUAUUUUGGCAGAAAGUUGGCUCCUAAAUUCAAGAAAUCCAAUCUUGCCCCGAAUCAUCGAAAAGGUUCGUCCCCUGGUUUUACCAAAGUUGCGCGAAGAGCAGGAAAGGAGUAAGUCGAAGGGAAAGAAGAAGAGCGUGAAAGAUGUUGUCACCGAUGCUAUUGUGCGAGAGGAAAGUGAAGAAUCUAUUUCCUUGCAAGACAUACCUGAAGCAGCAGAUGACUCCGAUUUGUUCAUCAGUGAAGAUGAAGGGCCUCACGGAGCAAAACGAUCGAGAGAUGCACGAGAAUCCACAGACUCCAAUUUCAGUCCUCUAUCCAAACGUCGAAAAGAUGGAGGUACAUCUGGGGAUGAGGAUGACAAGAAGAAAAUGGCAAUGGACACAUCGUACGAUGGUUUCUCAGUGAAUGGUCGAGUGCUAUGCCUGGUAGUCAAGAGGAAGGAUAAGAAGGGCAAAGCUUCCCCCGCGAAUGGAGGUCAAGCAAUGUUGGAGGAUUGGAUCACGUCUACGCAGAUACCCCCACAGCUAGAAGAUGUUUAA